GCUGGGGGUUGGGCUGAGGUAGCCAUGUAUAAAUAGUGUGAUCUCAAAUUGAAAGGCAUAAAUAACAGCAGGAGUGAUCUAACCCUAUACAGCCCAUCUUCUACGUGCAAAAACAGCGUGCGGAGGACGGCCACAUCUCCGACCCGAAAACAAGUGGAUCUCUGUGGAUAAAGAUCACCGGGCAGCCAUGGAAGAACUUACGGCUUUUGUAUCCAAAUCUUUUGACCAGAAAAGCAAAGAGAGCAGCGGCGGCAGUGGCAGCAGCAACAAGAAGGAGACGAUCACGUACAGGGAAGUUUUGGAGAGUGGGUUGGCUCGCUCUAGGGAGCUUGGAAACUCUGACUCUAACCUGCAGGACAUGACCGAGAGCAGCAACCAUUGCCCGGUGCAUCUUUUCAAAGACCACGUAGAGAGCGACAAGGACAAACUGAAGGAGUUCAGCACGGGCAGGACGGCGGAAGGGAUCUACGAGUGUAAAGAGAAGAGGGAAGAUGUGAAGUCAGAAGAUGAAGAUGGACAGACCAAGCUCAAACAAAGGAGAAGCAGAACCAAUUUCACACUAGAGCAGCUGAAUGAGCUGGAAAGACUUUUUGAUGAGACUCACUAUCCGGAUGCCUUCAUGAGGGAGGAACUAAGCCAGAGGCUGGGACUGUCUGAAGCUAGGGUUCAGGUCUGGUUCCAGAACAGGAGAGCAAAGUGCCGAAAGCAGGAAAACCAGAUGCACAAAGGUGUGAUCCUGGGAACCGCCAGCCAUUUAGACGCCUGCAGAGUGGCCCCCUACGUGAAUAUGGGAGCCCUGAGGAUGCCUUUCCAACAGCCUGUAAAACUUGGUGGAGGAGCCCCCGCCCGGCUGCAGGGAGCUCAGCGCCCCUCGGGCCCGGGGAGGGGGCCGAGCGGGGGGUCCCGCGGCACCGGGAGGAGCCGUCGGUGCUACGGGCACCCCCCCCAUUCCCUCCGCCGUGUGACGGAUGGGCUGGCGCACCGUCCCGGGGCCGCCGGCAGACGUGGCAAAGGCGGGCUGGCCUCCCGGGGGGGGCAUCGACUUCCUGGGGGGGUAGGGGGCGUGUGUGUAUGUGUGUUGUGCCCAGCGCUCAGCGGCAGCCGCCUCCCGCUCGCUUUCUUGGUCCUCUCGCCCCCAGAGACUCGCCGGGCGAAGAGGGAGGCGGUUGGGCGGCCGUUGGUGGCCGUUGGUGGCCGUUGGCGGCCGUUGGCGCCGCGCGGCGCGGUGCGGUGCGGUGCGGUGGGGGGGACCCGGCCCGGCUCCCACGCACACGGGCACCCCACGAGUCAGAGACUCCGCGGAGGAUAA